AGUUUGCCUUUGGCCAACGGCAGCGACAGAACCUCCCGAACGUCUUGGAGCGGAAAAUUCGAGAAAAUCACAGCGCGCGAGUGCCAGAAAAUAUUUGAAAAAUCUGCCAACGAAAAGGGAAUAAAUCAAAGAAAGGAAAUUAUUGUGUGAAUCAUGCCGGGAAUCCUAUUGCCACUGGCGCUAUUGGCCCUCGUUUCAAAUGGCGCAGCCAUCAGGUGUUAUGUCUGCGAUUCCAGUGAUAAUCCCAGUUGCGCCGAUCUGGGCUCGAAUUCCAGCAUAGUGGCGGAGGAAUGCACUUUGGACAAAAUGAAAUCGCUGGACACCUGGCUAUUUGACUUGAAUAAGUUCUCAUAUUUCGAUAAUGGCGCCAACAAAAGUCCGCUCAUGAAUUGCCAAAAAGUUGUGGCCAAAGACCCUGAUACAAGGAAAGUGGUGACGGCGCGCUUCUGCCAACUGGACACCGGCGACUCGGAUGCCUGCGAGAUCCUGCGUACCAAGCUUCGCAUCCCGAGCCCCGAGGAGCGGGAGCAGCGGAAUCGCAACCAAAACAAGCGAAGGAAGGGUCACGGCCAGGAUGCGGAGGAGGAUGACGAAAUCUCCGCAGAGGAUGCGUUCUUCUGCGGCAUCUGUAAAUCGCAUCGCUGCAAUGGUGCGGCGGCCGUAACGCUUUCCUUGGCUACGAUUCUGGCCAUGAUUGCGCUCCAAUUGGGCUGCUAAGCCAGUUGGAUGGUGUGUGAGGGAUAUGGACAGAUAACCGUGAAACGAGUGGUGGCAUGAUGGUUGCAUUUAGGUUUUGAUUACUUUGUAAAUAUUUGAGUGCAAUGUCGCUGAUUCGUACAGGUUGCUUCAAUGGCACACACUACUUAACCCCAUUAACCCCCUACUCCCUUAACCCUAGAAAUGUAAGCACAGCACAGACACACACACGAUACACCGAUACAGUACAUACAAGAGGAAGGAAAACACACACGGAAAAGUUCGCUUUGAUUCAAAACAAAUAUGAAACUUUCGAUUUUCAAAAUAAAUACCGGCAAAAUAAAGAGUAGGGAUAUGUGUUAACCAUACAUCCUAUAUAUCAAUAUAAAAAUGGCAUUCUAUGCCAUUAGCUCUUGUUGUUCAGCUUUAUUAUGUUACUAUUCAGAUUGUUAGUUUUAAUGGCUUGGAGCGAUGUGCAUAGGAAUUCACCAAUUGCCUUUAAUUCUCAUAUAAUUUCUUAGGUAAAUUGAAAAGUGCUAAAUGAUUCCAAAGUGCUUAUAUGUCCUAGUCAAUGAAUUCGUGUUAGAAUAUUGAAAAUUUGAUAGUACGUAAAUUGACUGUAAAAGCCGCAAGCAAAAACAAUCAACUUAAUGCAAGACGCGAAUUUAGGAAUCACGUGAAACAAAUGCAAUAAAUGUUAGUAAAUGUGCAAUUAGAUGAAAAUGUCAACGAAAAGCAAUGCAACAAUUAUUACGUGAGCUUCAAAUCGGCUAAAAACAAACAACAACUAUAUAGUACCAUAUGUUUUUUGCGACGCGUCGAGCUCUCAGUUCUGCUUAGUUUGUAAGCGUUUUUUGAAAUGGAAACUAAAUUGAACAUUCCGAGCACACAAUAAAUGCUGUAUGACAGUAU